CUGACGCAGUUUAUAUGCGCCGCUGUUUACGUGAGUUGGAAUUCAUUGAAAUUCGUAAUAUUUUGUUAUGCAAUCUGUUUAUUGUAUCAUGUCACGUUGAAUGUGUACGUAAAUUAGACAGAUGGACAUUAUUUGAGCUCCCAUUCUGCAUUCAAGGCCGAAUCCGAGGCUGCUGCUUAUAAUGCGGAUAAAUGAAGAUACAUUACUGGAGGGGCAGAAGGUUGUUCUGGUGCCUUACAACGCAGAUCAUGUUCCCAGAUAUCAUGAAUGGAUGUCCUCUCCUGAACUGCAAAAGCUGACUUCAUCAGAGCCCCUAACACUGGAGCAAGAGUAUGACAUGCAGAGGAGCUGGAGAGAAGAUGAUGACAAAUGCACCUUCAUCAUCUUGGAUAAGCAGAAAUGGGCAGAUCCGACUAUACCAGAGGAACAAUGCAUGGUGGGAGAUGUCAACAUUUUCUUAACAGACCCCAGCGACCCCUCCCUGGCUGAACUGGAGAUCAUGAUCGCAGUGCCCUGCUACAGAGGAAAAGGACUUGGCAAAGAAGUAACACGCAUGAUGAUGUGCUAUGGCAUUAGCAAACUUGGAAUUCGAAAGUUUGAAGUCAAGAUUGGUUUGGAUAACAAAAUCAGCAUAGCUAUGUUCAAGAAAUUCCAUUUCCGAGAGCUUUCCAUCAGUGAGGUCUUUCAGGAAGUCACUCUUGGGGUCACUGUGAAUGAAGCUUUACAGAAAGUUGUGUUUGGAAACAUGGAUUUCAUGCAGCAGAGAGAAUAUGGGAAGGCUCGGGACUUCAGACAGGCAACAAUCCCACCAAUAUCUCUGUGAACAAAUAGCCUUAAAUAAAUAGUUCACCCAAAACUGACAAUUCUUUCAUCAUUUACUCACCCUUAUGCCAUCCCAGAUGUGUAAGACUUACUUUCUUCUGCAGAACACUAGGAUUAUGUAAUCAUGAUCGUGCCUAGUGACUGCAUUAAGAUGUACAGUGAAAAAUGUGUUACAUUUUGGUCUGUUCUCACCCAAAAUCUAUUAGAUCGCUUAAGAAGACUUGGAUUAAACCACUGGAGUCUUAUGAAUGACUUUUAUGCAUUUUUUGGAGCUUCAAAGUUUUGGUCACCAUUCACAUGCAUUGUAUGGGCCUACAGUGCUGAGAUAUUCUUCCAAAAAUCUUCGUUUGUGUUCUGCAGAAGAAAUAAAGUCAUACACAUCUGGGAUGACAUGAAGGUGAAUAAAUGAUGAGAGAAUUUUCAUUUUUGGGUAAACUAUUCCUUUAAUGAAAAGCUCAUUACAAUAUAAUACCAAUUCAUUAUUUGUUGUCAAAAAGCUUAAGUACUUCAAGUAGGUGACAUCUUUAUCACAUUGUCUUGUGUGUAAUAAAAUAUUUCUGAAUUUAAGUAAUUCAGAAUUAAAUGUGAACUAAACUUUCAAAAAUGUAUCUUUAUCCUAUUGCAUGAUUUUUUAAUUUUAAGGCAUGGAAAUCAAUACUGGACUGUAAAACAACCAAUCCGGCCUUAUCUUUCAGUCUGCAUACUGCAUGUUGUUUUGAUGAAUUGACAUAAAAACUAUAUAAAUUGGAGUACUUUUUUUUUUUUUUUUUUUUUUUGCUUAUCUUAUUCAUGUACUUUUUUGUGAAUAUGCACAAAAUAAUAAAAUAGUUUGUCU